GUAACGUUGGUAGGUUGAUUCAUGCUGUACAUCCGUUAACAGUGGUAGUCAUAUUUCAGCCAGGUGGUGUAAUAAUAUAGGCAGAUAUGGGGCGAAGACCUGCAAGAUGUUAUCGAUAUUGUAAGAACAAGCCAUAUCCAAAAUCUCGGUUUUGCCGUGGUGUGCCAGACCCAAAGAUUCGUAUUUUUGACUUGGGAAGAAAGAAGGCCCGUGUUGAAGACUUCCCUCUGUGUGUGCAUCUCGUGUCAGAUGAGUAUGAACAGCUGUCAUCUGAAGCGCUUGAGGCGGGCAGAAUCUGUGCUAAUAAGUAUAUGGUGAAGAACUGUGGGAAGGACCAGUUUCAUAUUCGAAUGAGACUUCAUCCCUUCCAUGUGAUCCGAAUCAACAAGAUGUUGUCCUGUGCUGGAGCUGAUAGGCUCCAGACUGGGAUGCGUGGUGCUUUUGGAAAACCUCAGGGUACAGUGGCCCGUGUCCGUAUUGGGCAACCCAUCAUGAGUGUAAGGACUAGUGACCGACAUAGAGCAGCAGUUGUUGAAGCUCUGAGGCGAGCUAAGUUUAAGUUUCCUGGUCGCCAAAAGAUCUAUGUAUCAAAGAAAUGGGGCUUCACUAAAUAUGAACGUGAUGUAUAUGAAAAAUUGCGUGAUGAGGGUCGUCUAACUGCAGAUGGUUGCAAUGUGAAGUAUCGACCAGAGCAUGGGCCUCUUGAGUCUUGGAAGAAGGUACAGGUGGAACUGGCACAGGUGGUUUAAGUUCUUGUGUCAUUUUCAGUGACUGAGUGGAAAUUCUGUACUACAUCAUACAGUUAAUAAAGGUUUUCAGACAUUGUUA